CCCCUCAUCUUCUUCCAGCUCCCACACCCAUCCUUACCUAGUGCCCAGAUAUCAUUUUGUUGUCAAGCUUCAGCGAGUCAGCACUAUGUCUGCUAUCUUUUGCUGCUCAGCUAUAACUCCAUAUCCCCCACGACAGCUUGACCACGAGGCAAAAUUCGGAGCGUUUAUUCGUUGGACUGGCAUCCAAACGACCUCUUCGGUUCUGGUUGACAGCUCUUCACUCGUCAGCGGCGCACCAUACGCGAUUCAACCUGUGAGGCAGAUUAAUUAUGGACCUCAGGAGUCGAUUAGAUACUUCGUUCCAGCGAGCAACGGCGCCGAUUUUGCGGAGGCUACGGAGGAACUCAGGUUGCCACUACUAGCGUGUCAGUGGCGUUACAUCCUUCCAUAUCCGUAACAAGGGGGAACAGGGGGGCCCCCCCCCCCCCCCCCCCCUUUCAUAGGCUAUAUAUACGGGCCUUAUGCCUCUUCAAAUCAACACAGAACUGCUUCUUCACAACCUGAGAGAACUCGUGUGCAUCCGAAUCGCAUCAUUGUGUCGAUGAGCAAUAAUCGCGAGAAUCUGGCGUUGGUCAGUCUUACUGAGAAAAUCUGAGACGUGGCAGGUAAUAUACCAUAACCU